AAAUUUCAAGCUUUUUACAGGAUAAAAUCGAUUUUUAAGGUAUGGAUCCUCCACAGGUGACUGUACAUUCUGGUCCAGAAGUUUAUGAUGUGCUAACGUUGCAGGCGGAACAUCGAUCACAAAGUGUGUGGAAUGGGACCUUGAGGGGAGAGAAAGCAUGUCUACAUCCACGUCGUACAGAUCAUGAAUUAUGGCAACAUUUGAAGCAUCGUCCUUUGCAUCCCCGUAUUCUUGACUAUUUUGGUAGGUGUGGAUUUAGGGGGGUUGUAGAGGUAGGAUGUGUUCCAUAUGAUUGGGGAGUCAUUACUGCACUAAUUGAGAGGUGGCGUCCAGAGACACAUACUUUCCACAUGCGUACAGGUGAGGCAACAAUCACAUUGCAGGAUGUCGAGCUCAUGUUUGGCAUGUGUGUAGAUGGUGACCCUUUGCUUCAAGCUGGUGCUAGAGAUAUCUCUGUUCAGGGGUGGCAACAGUUGAUCUAUGAGCUUACUGGUUGGGCACCUGUUGAGAAUUGCUUUACUGGCGUUAGUAGGUUGUAUGUAAGUAGUUUAGUUGCAUAUAUGGACGGCUUAGAUGCUAUUACAGACCAAUCGGCCGAGGUUAAUGUGCAACAAAGAGUUAGGUUGUAUCUAUUAUGGUUGUGCGGUGGCACAAUAUUUCCUGAUAAGUCCGGUUGUAAACUUAGUUUAGACUUUCUACUAGAUAUGCGGGACCUUAGCACAAUGGGAACACAAGCUUGGGGAGCAUCCGCAUUGUCGUACCUGUACAAUUGUCUAUGUCGUGCUUCAAUGUCCGCGGCUAGCGAUGUAUGUGGAUUUCUUUCUUUGUUGCAGGUCUGGGUUUGGGAGCGACUUAUCCCGAUGCAACCAUCAUUGCGUCCUCCAAGAGAACCUAUGUCUCCACCUGAGCCACUUACGGCACUUGCAUGA